AUGAUCAGUGCGCAUGGCAAGCUGACACCGCCGGAGCUCGUGCACGUGCUGAACGUCCGUAUACGAUACAGACAGAACCCCGCGCUGACAUUUUUACGCACCAUCCAGACGUCGCUGAGUAGCGGCGCAGAGUCAGACAACGCAGAUUCCAGUAUCCACGAGCAGACGUCGAGUUCUGAAACGCCGACUUCUGAAAGCCCGCAUGCCGCCGCAGGCGGUGGAGGCGGAAAACUGCUUUUCAAAAUCAAAAAAGUGGGCGGGAGGUCUAGCUGCUUUUCCAAGCUUCAGAAGCAUGUGGAUGAGAUGGAUCGGCUGCUAAAACUUAUCAAGGAACACCGCGCGAAGAUGGCUGCGGUUUUCCAUCCAGCAAACUACGGCUCCUUUCUGCAAGCAGCAGCAGCAGGCACGGCUGACGACAUCGUCGAAAGCUGUACCACCGCACGCAGAGCCACGAUCUGCGUUCAUUCGUUGUACGUGGUCGUCAAGCAUUACAGUGAGAAGUGUGUCAAGUCAACAGGGAGCAGGACGAAUAUAUCUGGGCGGAAGAAGGAGCUGUUGAGACGAGCUGUGAAUGUGCUUACCGAGGCGAAGCAAGUCCUCCCCCAAAUAGAGUCCUUCGGGAACGGCCAGCCCAAGCUCGACAGCAUGGCGAAACCGGCUCCGGCACCAGGACACGGGUCAGCAAACGUUGUCGCGUUACCUAAUGGAGAGACAGCACCGGCGUCUGCUAGCGCCGUAGCCACGAGGGUCGAGGAGACCGAAGGCAACCUGGCUCCUGCGGGGACGCCGCCGCAAAGCUCUCCGCCUACAUAUGAACCUGUGGAUGGGCUCACCGGACAGUCUGUGCCCUCUGCGGGCUCAGCAGAUGUAAACGGUGAGCGCCUCGGAGCAGAAGGCCGCAGCGCGGACUCCGGGGAAGGGCCCGCGCCUGCAAUGGCAGAGCUCCAGCGCUUUCAGCAGGAGCAGGCACAACAGAAUCCAGAAGGGCCUGUUACAUCACCUGAAAGCGGCUUCGCUGCCGUGCAUCCUGACGACCUCGAGCGACCUGCACCAGAACAUGAGCUGCCCAGGGGCCGAAUAACCGACGCCGCUGCCGUGCUCCCUGACGACGGCGGGCGAGUUACAUUGGAACUUGAGGUGCACGGCGGCCAGAAACCCGACUCCGCUGCCGUGUUCCCCGACGACCUCGAGCGAUUCACAUCGAGACCUGCGCUGCAAGGCGGCCGGGAAACCGACCGCGCUGCCGUGUUUCCUGACGACCUCGAGCGAUUUACAUCAGAACUUGAGCUCCACAGCGGCCCGAAAACCGAUCCCGGUUUCCCGGGUCAGCCGCCGUCUGAGACGGAUGCUCACAAAACGCCCUCGGAGGACUCUGAGCGCGCUGCCCGAGUGCAAGCGCUCCACAGCGCUCAGCUGGAAAGCCGCAGCCCACGUGCUCCGCUUUUAAGCGUCGCCCAAGAGGAUGAUCUCCCGCCUUUUCUAAUAGAUCCCCCCGUCACACCUCCAGCAAAUGCCGAGUAUGCUCAGCAAAACCAGACCAUGGGGAAUCAGCAUGCCAGAGACAGCGGAGAGGUUUCAUCGCCAUCGAUGGUCUUUGGCCAAGAUCAGCUACCGCCGGCAACUGACAAUCCCAACCACGGCGCGCGUUUUUACCACGCGCAACAGCCCCCAAGUGGGCGGCCGAAUGAAGAGACGAGGGACCUCAUUCAGUGUGGGGUCCGGUGGCCGAACACCGUCCGACUCGGACGUUCCCGACAUCCGCCCGGGCGGCAUCGGCAGCUUCGCUCAACCCGAAAAGCUGAUACUUCCUAG